UGGAUCAAAGGCCACGGCGUGAAAACUAAACAUACACACAGGUCAGAAGAGGAAGGUUUACCGGGGGCAACGGUGCGAACGCCAGCUACCGUAAAGCAGCAAGAACUAACUAACAAGCGAAGAGGUGACGGAAUAGAAGGAAACGAAAAGGCAGUCGUGCGACACUGCGACGGACAGCAGCCAUUAGCAACAAUAACUAAAAACAACGAAGUUUAAACUAACUAAAAAAUAGUUUAAUUAGUUCGUUGAACGAACAAACUCAGUAUAUUGAAACGGGAUUUUCUUCCGACACGCUCAAGCCUCUGACGUCACAGCCACAGCUGUAGCUGACUGUCCCCCGCGCAUGCGCAGUCUUGCAGUUGCUUGACGCCGUCUGUGUUGUGUCGGGACCAUCGAUGCUGUGACUUUUUUUUCCCUCGGCGAUUCCACUGCACUUUGUCAUCGAUGACAAACCUUCUCCGGGCUCUUUGGUGAAACGUGGACGUUCUUAACGUGUUUUUAGGUUCAUCUACGGCACUUGUUUGUCGCAAAGCGAGGAACUAGUGUAUAUAAACAAAACGCAGCUAGCUUGCUUUUUUUAAGGUGGCACGUCACACACAGCAGCUGCGACGACACAGCUCGUCUGGUUCUCCCUUGUUGCUGUUUUUGUGUCAAACUUCGUGUUGGCGUCGGUGGCAGCGAUGAAAAAGACCGUGUCGCUUCGGUAGGAGUUAAACUCCCUAAACUUAAUAGGUGCGAACAUGAGAGGAGAAGAGGGCAGCUUGUUGUCAGGAAGGCAGCCCCUGGCAAGUCAAAGAGGGGGUGAAGGUCCCUGCUCCUGCUGCUCCUGCUGCUUCUGUCCCUGCUUUUCAGAGGAGGAAGGAGCAUUUGUAAUCCCGAAGGUUGGCCUCAGGCCUCCUGUUCAUCUGUGCAGGUCUUAGUGGAAUAAAAUCGGACUUUUCUUUGCAUAAAAUGGAGACGGUGGGCAAAUUUGAGUUCAAUCGCAAGGACUUGAUAGGACAUGGUGCAUUUGCUGUCGUCUUCAAAGGCAGAAAUCGAGAGAAACAUGACUGGGAGGUGGCGGUAAAAUGCAUAAACAAGAAGAACCUGGCCAAGUCCCAUACUCUGCUGGGGAAAGAGAUCAAAAUACUCAAGGAACUGAAACAUGAAAACAUCGUUGCCUUACUGGACUUUCAGGAAACCGCCAGCUCAGUGUACCUGGUAAUGGAGUACUGCAACGGUGGUGACCUUGCCGACUACUUACACUCCAAGGGCACUCUGAGUGAGGACACCAUUCGGGUGUUCCUGCAGCAAAUUGCGGGGGCCAUGAAGGUCCUGCAGUCCAAAGGCAUAAUCCACAGGGACCUGAAACCCCAGAACAUUCUGCUCUCCUACCCAGCGGGACGCAAGUCACACUCCAACAACACCUGCAUCAAGAUUGCGGACUUUGGUUUCGCCCGGUACCUUCAGAACAACAUGAUGGCAGCAACGCUCUGUGGCUCCCCCAUGUACAUGGCUCCUGAGGUCAUUAUGUCCCAAACCUAUGAUGCCAAGGCCGACUUGUGGAGUCUAGGGACCAUUGUGUUUCAGUGCCUGACUGGAAAGGCUCCUUUCCAGGCCAGCAGUCCUCAGGAUCUCCGGCUGUUCUAUGAAAAAAACAAGAAUCUCAGCCCCAACAUCCCCAGAGAGACUUCAAGCCACCUGAGGCACCUGCUGCAGGGUCUGCUGCAGCGCAACCACAAGGACCGCAUGGACUACGAUGAGUUCUUCUGUCACCCUUUCCUGGAGGCAAGUUCAUCAAUGAAAAAGUCAACUCCGACUGUGACCAUGACCUGCUUCCCAAGCUCUGCAUCAGCCAGCUCCUGUAGCAGCUCCUCCACGUCUCAUCUGGCCUCACCACCGCAGUCUCUUGCUGAGGUUCAGCAUUUGCGUGCCAAAGCUCUGACCUCCCCUACCCAGGAGGCCACUGGUUUUCUCCUCAAGGACUCGUCUGGAGGGGGCGGCAGCAGCAAGAACUCCUCGUCCUGCGACACGGACGACUUUGUCAUGGUGCCUGCUCACAUCACCAUUGGUGAGCAGACAAGUGAGAGUAAAGUGCUGCAGGACAGCCUGAUGAACAGCGGCUCUCUUCUGGCGUCUUCUGGUCUGUGUAGCCAAGCCAAAACACCGUCGCAGUCACUGUCCCUCAGUGGCUCUCCAAGUCCUGUCAGGCCCAGUGAGUUCUCGGGAAGUAACUUUGGCAGUAGCUAUGGAAACCGCGGUCAGUCGUCACCUAUCCCAGUCCCCACUCAGGUCCAGAACUACCAGCGCAUGGAGCAGAAUCUCCAUUCUGCCAAACAGGACGGCUCCCCUCGGCUAUCGACACCGGUGCGUCGCUGCAGCAGUGGAAACUCUUUGGGAUUUGUCCGGACCGGACCUUUGCCACACUACGGACAGGGAACAGUCACCACCACCCGCAGGUUCUCCCUGGGAGGUGGCAGAACUUUCCAGUUCCCACCGCAAGCUCCUCAGCACACUGAUCCCCGGCCGACAUCUCAGCAGCACCCAAAGACGGCAGGCCUGGGCACACGGCUCCACAGUGCCCCCUGCCUGUUAGAGUGCGUCAGUGGCGGCAGCAGGCACAAGAUCAAGAAGCAGCACUCGGACCCGGUGGGCAGCCCCUCACCGGGCCUGAUGACCAUCCGCCCUUUGCACUCCUCCCCCAGACUGAGUGAGCUGAUGCAGCGCAGCCCUCUUCCCACCAUCCUGGGCUCCCCCUCCAGGGCAAUCCCUCCGUUUGAAUUCCCUAAGCCCCCUAGCUCUCCAAACCUUGUGACCUUCCUCACACAGCAGGGUUUGGUCAUUGGCUCUCCCUGCAGCAGAACAGAGCCCAGAGACGCAGGACCACAUGCACCCACGCAGGUCGCCCACAGACUGAACGAUGAUAACAGGAGAUUUGGAAGGUCUCAGAGUGCCGGCGGUUUGUCUGACGUGCUGCUAAUGGCCGCGUUUGGGGCGGGUGGACCUGUGGCCGAGCGAGGCAGCACAGAGAACCUAACCUCUGAAAAAGCCAUAGAGAUGACAGUGCCCCCCGGUGUUGCACCUGGAUCCAGCAGCCCUGCACGAGUUGUUUUCACUGUGGGCUCUCCUCCCAGCGGCAGCACCCCACCUCAUACCUGUAGACAGAGGAAAUACUCAGGCUCGUUUGUAUCAGUCAGCCCUGCGGGCUCUUUCAACAGCCGCUACGCCCAGACAGGCGCAUAUCUGGAUGGCUUCGAGGCUCCUUCUAGUCCCCGAUACAGUUUCACUGAUCCUAUCACAGCCAACAUCGGAGGCCCCGUAACCUUUGAGGCCCCCGAGCUGCCGGAAGAGACGCUGAUGGAGCAGGAGCAUACGGAUGCUGUGCAAAGCCUGCGCUUCACAUUGGAUUUUGCCCGUUGUCUGAUGGAGGUGGCUGGAGCCCGCGGUGUUGCGGCGCUGUGGGAGCAGGAGGACUUCGUUCACCCCGCCCUCCUUCAGCAGCAGAGCCUGGUAGCGGAUCAGAUAAGCUCUCUGAGCCAAGAGUGGAGUCAUGCAGAACAGCUGGUCCUCUACCUUAAGACUGCAGAACUCCUGUCCACUGCCUUACACACGACCAUGGAGCGAGUAAAACAGGGCAAACUCUACCCAUCGACCACAGUCAAACAAGUGGUGAAGAGGCUGAACGAGCUGUACAAAAUGAGCGUGGCGUCCUGUCGCGCUCUCAACACUCGUCUGGAGUGCUUCUUUUCCAGUAAGCACCGUCUGAUGGACCAAAUCACCUCCAUCACCGCAGAGCGGCUGCUGUUCAGCCACACUGUGCAGAUGGUUCAGGCUGCUGCGUUGGACGAGAUGUUCCACCAGGGGGAGGCGUCCGUCCUGCGCUACCACAAAGCUCUGCUGCUGAUGGAGGGUUUGUCUCUGCUGCUCACUGAACAGAAGGACAUCCUCGUUGUCAGCAAAUGUAAGGAGUGCAUUGAACGCCGCCUCACAGCUCUGCAGUCAGGACUCUGCGUGUGAGAGUGUGGAUACAGUGCCAGGGGUUGUUUUUUUUACUCGGUCCACAUCGCCCUGUUUUCCAGUUUCAAAUGCUUUAGAUUUCCGAAGAAAAACCCCACAAGAUGUUCACGUUUCGCUCGACCCUCCCCACCACAGACUGUGCUCUCUGAGUUUCAGACAUGAUGGCGACUCCUGAAACACUAAAGGACACGAAGCACUGAGAGGAAUUUGCUAAUACCAAGGAAAAAGUGGAUUUCCCCUCACGAGGUGUUGCCAAGUAGUCUCACACACACACACACACACACACACACACACAGUGCAGUACUUAAUGAAUGUAAACACAUGACGAUAAACGCCAAAUAAACAUCACAGCUUCAAAUAGCAAGAGAGACAAGUCUAUGGACAGAAUGUCGUUUUACUCGGGUCAAAAACUGGAGGAAAGAACCAGUCGCGUGUCUGCUGUUCACCUGAGUCCUGACACGGCGGUGAAUCACACUCACCACAUCUACAGGUUCGUCUCAUAGCCUUUAUUUUGUUGUUGUUGUUGUUUUUUUUUUAAGUUGUUACUCGCUUGCUGAAGGGAUGUACUGUAUAUAUGGAAGUGUUACACUUUAUGGACGGAAGCGAGUGCAGGCACUAUUACAAAAUCUUUAAGAAAAAAGUAUUUGAUAUGAUUUUUUUUUUUUUUUUUGAGGGUAAACGAUGUAAGAAGAAUAACAAAAAGGGCUGGGUCAUACUUAGUAUACGCGGAGUGACACUUCACCAGUUCUUUUCACCCGUAUUUAUGUUUCCGUGUUUUCUUCCGAGUG